GAAAAGAACUUUCAAUGGCUAAGUGGGCAGCAGAUUGGCUGGUGCCCAGAACGCAUCGCGAUAGAGCCUCUAAUAUAAGAAAAAAUUUCCUCAGACAAAGUUAAUAGCUUUCCAGCCUGUGUAGCGACCUGGCACGUGAAAGCUAAUGCUACCUAUAUUGAAGGUCUGUGGGAAGAGCGGGGACUACCCGAGCCCGGCCCCGCCCCGCCCCCCGGGGUCCCUGCCCAGGCGGAGGCCAAGGCAGAAGCGGCGGCGCCUGCGCUCUGCCGCCCAAGAACCUCCAGUGGUUCUCAACUUCUCUCUGAAGAUGGCGGACCCCACUUUUGCUGGUACCACUAAUGGCACAUCUUUGCGGGGUCUACGUGAACGAUUGGUUGCCGUAGCUCAAGAACUAGCUGAAGAAAGGAGACGUAAACGUGGUCUUGAGUCUUCUGCAGUUUCACUUAAGAAAUCGUCAUGUACACCUGUUUUAGAUGGUUCUGUCCUUAAAAAUGAUGUCAAACAGCAGCUAGCCAAGGAACGCAGAGAAGAACAGAAACGUCAGCAAGAGGCCAACAAGGAAAAACAACUGCUUGAGAAAGAACAGAAGGCGAAGCUGCAGUACGAAAAACAGUUGGAAGAAAAACACCGCAAGCUGAAGGAACAAAAGGAAAAGGACGAACGACGACGAGCAUCUGCAGAAGAAAAAAGGAAACAGAAGCAGGCAGAAGACAAAGAAAAAUUUAAGGCUGUUGUGUCUCGUACAAUGGAGCGAUGCAAUCUCAUUGAUAAACGUCAGAAAAGGUGGUCGUGGGAGGGUAGUGUGAUGAAUACUGACAAAUCUGGAAAACCGGAAAAUAAACGAAGCUCCUCUAUGAGUAGAAAAGAAAACCAAUUGCAGACCAGUGGUGAUUUGCAACAUGUGAACAACAGACCAAGCAUGACCAAAUAUGUUUUCCGCUAUGUUACUGUACCAAUGUUUACUAGUGAAGAGCUAAAGUCUUCUGCUAUGUUCUGUAAACCAUCAGCAAAAGCACCAGUUACAGCAAAAUUAGAAGUAACACCCAUAAAGAAAGUAGAAACUCCUCUCAAGGGAGAUGUGGAAGGACCAGCAAAGGUGGUGAAUCUAGAAAUCCCACCCAAAAUAACAAUUGAAGUACCCUCUCCAACGAACUUGGAAGAACCAUCUGAAGGUGAUGUGGAAGUAAAACUCCAAAACAUGGAGGACAUCUCUAAAGUUAAAGUGGAAAUUUCUCCAGAGGCAGAUGUCAAAGUAUCUAUUGAUGAGAACAUAGCAAGAUACCCUAAACCAAAUGUUGAAGAACUCCCCUCAGUGAGUAUGGAUGCCUCUUCAAGUAUUGAACCAUCCUCCACGGUGAGUGAGGACUCAUUCCCCUCCCCGAGUACAGCAUCAUCCUCCUUUGUGAGUGUGGAAAUAUCUCCUGUUGUCAGCUUGGAUGCCUCACCUGAAACAAGCAUAGAUGCCUCACCUGAAUCAAGUAUGGACUCAGGGAGUAUGGAAGUGGCCUUAGGAAACAAUCUAGAAGCACCUCUUCAGGCCAGUGAGGAAUCAUACUUUGAUGAGAGUGUGCAAGAACAACCUCAGGUAAAUGUUGCAGGAUCACCAAAGAACCCAGAAAUGGACAAAAGGAACGUAAACCUAAACCUUACCACCAAGAAACAAGCACCAUGCCACAUACCAUGUUACCGAUGGCCAUCAUCUCCUGCCCUUGGGUGGCGCCCACCUUCUCCCUUAAAGGCUCUGCAGAGUCGAAAGAUACGACCUCCGUCUCCCCUACCAGUCUCAUCAAGAUUAUCAACGAAGACUUCUUUGUCAUAUAGAAUAACCCCAGUUCAGAAUAUCCUAUAUGUGCCAAAUGCAUUAGGUAUAAUAGCAGCAAAGAAAGACAACAUCCAAAAGCACAUGAUCCAAAAAGAAUCUGGUUAUAAAAGUAUGCCAAGUGGUGAAGUUGCCAAGAAAGCUUUGGUACAGGUGCAGCAUGCUGCUUAUGAACAAAAAGGCAAAAAGGAGAAAGAAAGAGUCCAGAAAGAAGAGAUAAAGCAAAGCAUUGCUAGGAAAUCAGAAGUUAUGGAGAAGAAACUGAAUGAAGUCCCAGCAGGAGAAUCCUCACCACGCAAAGAUGAGCAACGAGAAAAAGAUCCAACAAAGCCACUUCUUGAGUUACCAGAAGACCAGAAAGAACAGCUACAGAAAGGGGACAGCGCCAUGAUGAACCCUCACGACAGUGCUGAACAGAGAAAGAAGGAACAGGAAAGAAUUAUGCUACAAAAUUGGCAAGAAAGAUUAGAAAGGAAAAAGAGGGUUGAGGAAAUAAUGAAGUGGACAAGGAAGACAGAUGAGAAUACCUCUAAGGCUUCAGAAAUAUCUUCUUCAUCUGAGGAUGACGCUGAUGAUGAAGACGAAACAGGAAGUGAAGACUCUGUUGAGAUGCUUCCAUCAGGAAGAAAAAUGUCCAUGAAACACAAAAAGUUUCACAAAUAUGCCAAGAUGAAGCCUCAAAAGUUGGUGUUUUUGCAAGCGGGAACUGGUGAGGUUGAUACUGAGAAAAAUGUAUAUUUUAAUGGGGACGUGAAAGAUGCCAAACAAAAAGAUCCCAAAUACUCUACAAUUCAAGCAAAAGUCUCAAAGAUAUCAACUAAAAGACCACCUACCCGCCCAAUAAGAAGCAGAAAAAUAAAGGAAGGUGGCACCACCAUCCGUCCUACUCAAAGUGUCACUACCAGUCACCAGUGGUUUUGUGAUAAGCUUAUAGACCUUAGUCACACCACUGAAUCACCUGUCGUAAAGACCACUCCUGGUAACAACAAACAAAGUUCAACUGAUCCUAAGAUAUCUCACCAAGGUCCUCAGGCACCUGCGGACCACAAGAAAAGAGUCAAAGCUGUCUCUGCCCCUUUAACCGAGGUUUUCUCCCACCUCCACAUAGCUGGAAGAGCAACUAAUCUUGAACAUCCCUUUGCUUCCAGCUAUUCCAGACUGGCAUUUGGAGGAGAGGUAGAAGACAGUGAUGUGUAAAUCCUGUGGGGCCUUGAAGAUUGAUCGUCUUCAGUCUAUUAAAACUCCCAAGGCCAAGACUCAAAAUUGUCUCCUUUAUACUUGAACCUAGCAAAAGAAAUACCUGUCCAAGAAAAAAAGGAAAACAACAAACAAAAACCCAUCUGACGGUCACCGUGAGAAAAUGUUAAUAUCACUAGAGUUUUAAUUAAAAAAAAAGUUUCUGUUUUCCUUGAAAA